AUGGCUAACUUCAAAAAGCAUUCAUUGCUCCUGAUUUCCACUCUCCUCAUGACUCUCCAAAUACAAUUCUCCCCUACAAACGCUGCCGUUAAAGGCGGCUAUUGGUAUUCCGAUAGUGGCCUUGCAGUUUCUGACAUUAAUCCCUCAUAUUUCACUCACCUGUUCUGUGCAUUUGCUGACCUUGAUCCUAGCACCAACACUGUCACAAUUUCUUCUGCAAACGCAGCUAGAUUCUCAACCUUCACUCAAACCGUCCAAGCAAAGAGUAGUUCAGUGAAAACCCUUUUAUCAAUUGGUGGUGGUGGAGGUUCUGCUUUGGCAGACAAGUUUGCCAGUAUGGCUAGCCAAGCUAGUAGCCGAAAAUCGUUCAUAGACUCUUCAAUCCAACUAGCCAGAAGUAAUAACUUCAAUGGUCUUGAUCUUGACUGGGAAUAUCCAUCCACAGACACAGCUAAGACCAACUUUGGUUUACUCAUCAAGGAGUGGAGGGCUGCAGUGGCGAAAGAGUCUAGCAGUUCCGGGAAGGCAGUACUGCUGUUAACAGCUGCAGUAGGUGGCUCUGAUCAGAUCACUGGAUUGAAGUUCUACCCAGGUCCGGAUAUUGCAAACAACUUGGAUUGGGUCAAUGUAAUGACUUAUGACCUUUUCAUCUCAGAUAGUUAUCCAACAUCGACACAGCCGCCUGCUCCUUUGAAAAACCCAACUGGCCAGUUCAGUGUAGAUGAAGGUAUCACAAAAUGGAUAGGGUUAGGAGUGCCGAAAAACAAACUAGCACUGGGUUUACCCGCCUAUGGUUACAAGUGGAGUUUGUCAGAUCCUAAUAAACAUGGACUUUUCGAUAAAGCUACCAAGGGACUUGGGGCAGUGAAGUACAAGGAUAUAAAAAAUGCUGGGGCGCAGGUUGUGUACAAUUCCACAUAUGUCACAAAUUACGCCUUCAAAGGGACAGAUUGGUAUGGAUACGAUGAUACUCAGAGUAUAUCUACCAAGGUUUCUUAUGCCAAGCAAAAUGGAUUGUUGGGAUAUUUCUUUUGGCAUAUUGAACAAGACAGCAACUGGGCUCUUUCUUCAACAGCUUCUCAAACACUCGGAUAG